GCCACCACUUUUAAAUACAGCCCUGCAGUAAUGAUCUACAUUACAGGCAGACAGACAGAGAGAGAGAGAGAGCCCGGAUUGAAAUUUGAACUAACUCUCUCAAACUUGUGUCACUGUCCUUUAAAUUUAGAAUUCACAUUUUGUUUUUCUUUGGAUUUUGCGCUUCUUUUGCAAACCAUUAAGAAAGUGAAGGCUUUCUUUCUCUUUCUCUCCCUUUCAAUUUUUUAUUUUUCAUUCUUUUAGCACAACUGAGUCUCCAUAUUAAUUCAUCACUAAGGUCCUGUCUGUGUGUGCCCACCCACAAUAGGGAGACUUCAGGGAGGGACUUUGCCUCUCAACAUUUAACCAGUGGGCAGCCUGAUCCCGGUGAGACAGAGGGCUUUUCAAAACCUGGAAUUAGCGCUGCACUGAGCAGGGGGAUCCUCCGCAUCUCACCCCGGCGAUGUAAAGACGCGUCUGGCGAGCUGUUUAGAAUGGAUGGACCUGCUUUUGAUGCGCUGCGCCUAUCUUUUGAAGAGCUCUCCGCCGCCGGGUCAGUCGGGUCAGGUUUUUGAUAAAUGUGAGGGCAAAGUGAGGUGUUUUCCAUCAGAGGCUGCUGUGGAUGGACAGUCAGGAGCGCAUAUGUAACACUGUGGGAGCUCCGCUGGAUUUAUCGACGGCAUCCUUCUGGGAUUAACCCUGCCGCAGGACUCUGUCUCUUGAAUCGGAUGAAAUAAAAAGAAGAAUGCAUGGAAUCAGCCAGCGCUGUAUUUACAUAUCAUUUCAUUUCUUCGUGCUGUGGUGCCAUGCUCAGGGGGAGAAUCACCCGUCUCCUAAUUUUAACCAGUAUGUGAGGACGCAGGGCGCAGUGACGGACCAGCUCAGCCGCAGACAGGUCAGGGUGUACCAGCUCUACAGCCGCACCAGCGGGAAACACGUGCAGAUUCAGGGCAAAAGGGUCACCGCCACAGCUGAGGAUGGAAAUAUGUACGCUCGUCUUUUUGUUGAGACGGACACCUUUGGAAGUCGAGUGAGGAUAAGAGGGGCAGAGAGUGGCCGCUACCUCUGCAUGAACCGGAAGGGGAAACUUGUUGGAAAGCCCAACGGCCGGAGCAGGGAUUGUAUCUUCACAGAGAUAGUCCUGGAGAACAAUUACACAGCCUUCCAGAAUGCCAAGUAUGACGGCUGGUAUGUGGCUUUCACCAGGAAAGGGAGGCCCAUCAAAGCGUCCAGGACAAGGGAGAACCAGAGAGAGGUCCAUUUCAUCAAGAGACUCCACACGGGCCCGCCUCCCUUCCCCAACACGGACCAAAGCAAACACUUUGAGUUCAUCCGAUUUCCAUCCACACGUCGAGCAAAGCGGAACAGGAAGUCACGCACCUCUCCCUAACACGCAGCGAGAGAAAUGGACUGACACGAGCUGUGAUAUAGGAAGAAACAGAUGCCAUUUUAUUUUUGUAUAUUUUUGAUAGGUAAAAGAUGGUUAAAAAAAUGUCAUAAAUCUAAAGUAAUAUUGCUGUAAAAUGAUCAUGUGUAAAUACUGAAAGAGAGUAAAGCAGAUGG